UUCCAUCUGCAGACUGAGCUUCAAGCAGUCAACUAGAGAAGUCGUCUCUCAGCACCCAGUAGGAGCUUCACCGGUUUUCUGAGGGGGGCAUCUCCGCAAACGCAUAGUCCUUAUACUUUCCCAACCUAUCAGAUUUAUUCAUGUUCUGCUGACCUCCUGCUUGAAAAUGAAGACAAGACUAUUGGUGGCUACAGCCACCCUCCUUGCAUUGCUCUUGAAUUCAGUAGAUGCACAAGUGGAGCCUCCCUCAGACUUGAAAUUUAAAAUCCUAAAUGAAAACACAGUAGAAAUGACCUGGAGGCGUCCUUCAGCACGGAUUCAUGGGUUCAAGAUUCAAGUCAUUUCAGACACAGAUGAACCAUCCAAAGAUUUCAGUCUUCCAGCCUCAGCCUCAACUAUGUCCAUAACUGACCUUACACCAGACUUAGACUACUCAGUGUCUAUACACUCUUAUCUUGGGUCAGAGGAGAGUAUACCCAUUUUUGGCCAACUGACAAUUCAAUCGAGCAACACAAGUGGAAUUCCAAAGAGGCCGUCUGAUGCAGUUAAGUGCUCGGUCAGUGCCAUUGCGGAUCUGGUCUUCCUUGUGGACGGCUCAUGGAGUGUUGGGCGCGAUAACUUUAAGCAUAUCCGCAGCUUUAUUGGUGCCAUGGCUGGAGCGUUUGACAUUGGAGAGGAUAAGACCAGGGUGGGAAUUGUGCAAUACAGUACCGACACUCGCACUGAGUUCAACCUGAACAAGCACAUCAGGCGUGGAGACCUUCUGCGAGCCAUCAAAAAUUUGCCAUACAAAGGAGGCAACACAAUGACAGGUGAUGCAUUGGAUUAUUUGGUGAAAAAUAGUUUCACUGCGGCAGCUGGAUCAAGAAAAGAUUUCCCCAAAGUAGCCAUGGUCAUCACAGAUGGGAAAUCCCAGGACCCAGUGGAGGAGUACGCAAAGAGACUGAGAAAUAUUGGAGUGGAGAUCUUUGUCUUGGGUAUCAAGGGAGCCGACGAGGAUGAGCUGAGAGAAAUGGCUUCCGCUCCUCAUAGCAAACAUGUCUACAAUGUCCCCAACUUUGACGUAAUCAAAGAUGUCCAGCGCCAGCUUAUCAAUGAAGUCUGCGCAGGAGUUGAGGACCAGCUAAGUUCACUUGUGAAUAGGGAGGAACUUGUUGAACCGGCCUCAAACUUGGAGGUCACGGAGAUCUCCUCCAAGUCAAUGCGGGUGACAUGGGACCCAUCCCCUGGUGACAUCACAGGGUACAAACUCCAGCUGAUCCCCAUGAUCACAGGCAACAAGAGGCAAGAGCUCUACACGGGGCCCACAUACACGUCCGUCAACGUCCGGGACCUGUCACCUGAGACCGAGUACGAGAUCAGCCUGUUUGCUCUGAAGGGCUUGAGCCCCAGUGAGCCUGUCAACGCUAUGGAGAAGACCCAGCCUGUCAAAGUCUCUAUGGAUUGUUCUCUUGGAGUGGACGUGCAGGCAGAUUUGGUCCUUCUGGUGGACGGAUCUUACAGCAUAGGGCUGGCUAACUUUGCCAAAGUCAGAGCUUUCCUCGAAGUGCUGGUCAACUCGUUUGACAUCGGCCCCAACAAGGUGCAGAUCAGCCUGGUCCAGUACAGCAGGGACCCCCACACUGAGUUCACCCUCAGCAAGCACCAUGAUAUCGCCUCUAUGGUGAAGGCUGUGAAGACCUUCCCUUACCGGGGUGGCUCCACCAACACUGGCAAGGCCAUGACCUACGUGCGGGAGAAGAUCUUUUUGCCCGUCAAGGGGGCUCGUGACAACGUCCCCAGGGUCAUGGUCCUCAUCACCGACGGCAAGUCCUCUGACUCCUUCAAAAUCCCGGCCACCAACCUGCGCAAUGCGGACGUGGAGAUUUUCGCCGUGGGCGUGAAAGACGCUGUACGUUCUGAGCUGGAGGCCAUUGCCAACCACCCAACCGAUACGCACGUCUACGAGGUGGACAGCUUUGAUGCAUUCGAGAGGAUUUCAAAGGAGCUCACUCAGUCCAUCUGCCUCAGGAUUGAGCAGGAGCUGCUAAACAUCAAGAGGAAAAGCCUUGUGCCUCCAAGAGACCUUGGGUUUUCUGAGAUCACCUCAAGGAGCUUCCGUGCCACCUGGGUCUCCGACACCACAGACGUACAGUCCUUCCUUGUGCGCUUCCGACCUGCCGCGGAUACCGCCGGUGACUACAUCUCCUUGGUGGUGCCAGGGGACACCACCACCGCCGUCCUGCCACACCUCAUUCCUCUGACCACCUACGAGGUCAUCGUCAUUGCCCAGUAUGACAAGGGAGACAGCUUUCCUCUAGCAGGCGAGGAAACUACACUAGAAGAACAAGGGACCGUUCGAGACCUCAGGGUGUCAGAGGAGACGAUUAGUACCUUCCGGGUGUCAUGGCAAGCGGCGCCUGGAUCAGUGCUGAGGUAUCGGCUCUUCUACUACGCCAUCUCGAACCCUCAGCAGCGGCUGGAGGCGGAGACGGACGGUAAAACCACCUCUAUUGUGCUGCAGGAGCUGCUUCCCAUCACCACCUACCGGGUCUCGGUGAUCGCCGAGUACACGUCUGGCCCUGGAGAAGCCAUGGAAAUUGACGGCACCACUAAGGAAGCUACCGGUUCUCCGCGCAACCUGCGGGUGUUUGACGAGACCAUCUCCACCAUGCGCCUCUCCUGGGAGGCGGCACCGGGGAACGUGGUGCAGUACAGAGUGGCCUACAAGUCGGCCGAGGGCGGAGAGAGGCAGGAGGUGAGCGUGAACGGCGACACCACCACGGUCCAGCUGAAGAGCCUCGACCCGGCCACCGAGUACGAGCUGUUCGUGAGCGCGCAGUACGCCUCCGGACUCGGCGACCCCCUUCUGGGCAAAGGCACCACGCUGGAAGAACUUGGCUCCCCGACGGACCUGGUCACCAAAGACGUCACCGAGACCAGCUUCGCCGUGCUCUGGACGGCGGCCCCUGGCAACGUGCGCCGCUACCGGGUCACCUGGAAGUCCCUGUACUCUGACGAGGCGGGCGAGAAGAGCGUCCCCGGGGGCGUGACCACCACGGUGCUGGACGGACUGACGCCAGAGACCCGCUACAAGGUUUCCGUCUACGCAGCGUAUGGCCACGGAGAGGGGGAGCCUCUGGUGGGAGAGGAGACCACAGAUGUGUCCGCAGCUGCUAGAGCGCUGACCGUUACCGAGGAGACGGAGCGGACCAUGCGCGUCACGUGGAGGCCGGCCCCCGGCCCCGUCGUCAACUACCGGGUGACGUACAAGCCGCAGGUCGGGGGUCGGCAGCUGGCCACCAAGACGCCAGGGGGCAACGUCACGACCGUCCUGCGACGCCUGCAGCCUAUGACCACCUACGACAUCACAGUGAUUCCCGUCUACAAGCACGGAGAAGGAAAAGCAAGGCAAGGAGUAGGAACGACACUGUCACCGUACAAAGCUCCUAGAAACCUGCAGACAUCUGAACCCUCUAGGACGAGUUUCAGGGUGACUUGGGACCCCGCCCCCGGAGAAGUGAAAGGAUACAAAGUCACCUUCCAUCCCAUCGGUGAUGAUAUAGACCUUGGAGAGCUUCUUGUAGGACCCUUUGACAACACAGUUGUUCUGGAAGAACUGAGGGCUGGAACCAAAUACAGCGUAAAUGUCAUUGGCAUGUUCGAUGGAGGAAUGAGCAUGCCAUUGGCUGGAGAGGAGAAGACCACUCUGUCUGACGCACCUGAGAUACCGUUUUACACUCCAGAUGUGACUUGCAAGACCACUGCUCAGGCUGACAUCCUCCUGCUGGUGGAUGGCUCCUGGAGUAUCGGACGCCUGAACUUCAAAACGAUCCGUGCCUUCAUCGCCCGUAUGGUCGGCGUCUUUGACAUUAGCCCGGACCGCGUCCAGAUUGGUCUGGUUCAGUACAGUGGAGACCCAAAAACCGAGUGGCACUUGAACACACACAAGACCCGAGCUGAACUUCUGGAUGCUGUGGCCAACCUGCCAUACAAGGGAGGCAACACCCUGACAGGGCUGGCCUUGAACUACAUCCUCCAGAACAAUUUCAAAGCCAGCGUUGGAAUGCGUGAAGCAUCCCGUAAAAUUGGAGUGCUGGUCACUGACGGCAAGUCCCAGGACGACAUCAUUGUCAACUCUCAGAAUCUGCGUGAUCAGAACAUUGAGUUAUAUGCUAUUGGUGUGAAGAAUGCUGACGAGAAUGAGCUGCGGUCCAUCGCCUCUGAUCCUGAAGAGAUCCACAUGUACAAUGUCAAUGACUUCUCAUUCCUGCUGGACAUUGUCGAUGACCUUACCGUCAAUCUUUGCAACAGCGUGAAAGGUCCAGGAGGACUGGCGGGGCCUACUGACCUGGUGACCUCGGAGGUGACACACUACUCUUUCCGCGCCACCUGGACCGCCCCUGACGGCCCUGUGGAGAAGUACCGCGUCGAGUACAUGACCGUGGCCGGAACCCAAGCGCAGCAGGUGUUUGUGGACGGUGCGGUGACCACACUUGUUCUUGAGAACCUGGACCCACUGACCGAGUACGUGGUCAUGGUGUACGCCGUCGUCGGGGAGGAGAGCAGCGAACCCCUCAAGGGCACCGAGACCACUCUGCCUCUUAGCGCCGUGCGUAAGAUGACCGUCUACGACGAGCGCACCACCACCAUGAGGGUGAAGUGGGAGCCUGCCCCCGGUGCCACGGGCUACAUGCUGCUCUACAGUGCCCUGAACGCCACCCGACCAACGCGCGAGGCAGAGGUACGUCCGUCCCCGACUCCUACGGACAUCCAACUGAAGAAGCUGAUCCCCAACACGGCCUACACGCUGUCGGUCUUCGCCAUGCACGGCCAAGCAGCCAGCGACCCCCUGACAGAUACGGGUGUAACCCGCGGGGAUAGGUCAUUGCCCAUGCCGCCGGCCGGAGAGCUCCGGAUCACCGACGUCACCCACAGCUCCAUGCUCCUGGACUGGGACGCGGCGCCCGCACCCGUGCAAAAGUACAUCAUCAGCUACAAGCACGAGGACGCCGACGCCAAAGAGCUCGAGGUUGGAGGGGAUGUGACAACACGGGUUCUGGAUAACCUGAUCUCCCAGACGGAGUAUGAUGUUACGGUUACACCGGUGUACGACUCCAGAACUGGCAGUCCCAUGCAGAACCGAGCCGUCACAGAUGUUGUCCCUGCACCUAAAAACCUGCGCUUCUCGGAGGUGACCCAGACCAGCUUCAGGGCCCACUGGGAGCACGGAGCGCCUGAUGUUGCUCUCUACCGCAUCGGCUGGACGAAGAAGGGCGAGGCCAACUUCCAAUACGACAUCCUGAAUGCUGAGGACACCACCACAGUACUGGAGGGCCUGGAGCCGGACACGCCGUACGACGUGUCUGUGACGGCCAUCUACCCAGACGAGUCGGAGAGCGAGGACCUGAUGGGGACCCAGCCUACACUUCCCAAGAUUGUCAUCACUCCUGCCCCCACUGGACCUCCCACCAACCUGCUGGUGUUCAAUGAGACCACCACCACUAUGACCCUAAAAUGGGACCACGCCCCAGGCCGUGUUCAGAACUACAAGAUCACAUAUGUACCGGCUGCAGGCGGCAGAACUCAAAUGACUCAAAUUGGUGGCAAGAAGAACACAGUGAAUCUUCAGAAACUCACUCCGGAGACCACAUACUCCCUCACCGUGACGGCUGUUUACGGCACCGGAGAAGCCCUGGACUUAAAUGGCGAAGGCACCACAAAGCCUCUGGGUGGCGUGAGGAACCUCCAGGUCACAGACCCCACCACCAGCACUCUGAAGGUGACCUGGGAGGCGGCCGAGGGCAACGUCCGCCAGUACAAGCUCUACUACGCGCCUGCAGCAGGUGGCGUGGAGGAGACGGCUCAGGUGGGUGGGAACACCACCACCACAGUUCUGAAGAACCUCAUGUCCGACACCGUCUACACCGUCACCGUGGCGCCCGUGUACCCCCAGGGCGAGGGCAAGCGCAUGUCUGAGAACGGAAAGACACUGGAGCGCUACCCUCCCAGAAACCUGCAGGUUUACAACCCCACCACAAACACCCUGAAUGCGCGCUGGGAGCCGGCCUCUGGUGAGGUGCUGCAGUACCGCGUGGUCUAUGCCCCACUGAGAGGAGACCGUCCCUCCGAGUCGGUCCUGGUGCCAGGGAACGUCCAGACCACGCUGCUGGAGCAGCUCUCCCCGGACACGGCCUACUCGGUCGCCGUGGUGGCCCUCUACGCUGACGGGGAGGGCCCCUCCGUGACCGACGACGGCAAGACGCUGCCACGCAGUGGGCCCAGGAACCUCCGUGUGUACGAUCCCACCACCAGCAGCCUGACGGUCAGCUGGGAGCACGCCGAGGGCCCCGUGCAGCAGUACCGCAUUGGCUACGCCCCCACCACCGGCGAUCCCAUCGAGGAAUUCACAACUGUACCUGGGAAUCAGAACAGCGUAAUCCUGCCCAACCUUCAGCCUGACACCCCUUACAAGAUCAACGUGGUUGCCAUCUACCCAGAUGGACCUGGAGGAGAGCUGGCCGGCGACGGUCACACAUUGGGUUUGCUGGCGCCCCGAAACCUGCGUGUGUCGGAUGAGUGGUACACCCGCUUCAGGGUGUCCUGGGACGCCGCCCCUGCCAAGGUUAAUGGAUACAAACUGGUCUAUCAGCCAGAAGGAACUGAUGAAGUUAUAGAGACCAACGUGGGAGAUGUGACCACCCACCACCUGCACAACCUGAAGCCAGGCACCACUUACGAUCUGAAGCUGUACGCUCAGUACGACGCCGGCCUGAGCGGAGUUCUGCCCGGCCAAGGAACCACUCUUUAUCUGAACGUGACUGACCUGACGACAUACAACGUUGGUUACGACUCCUACUGCGUCAAAUGGACGCCUCACAGAGCUGCCACCUCUUACCGCCUCAAAGUCAACCCAUUCGACCCUGCAAACCGCGGCGCCCAGGAGGUGACCAUCACGGCAGCGGAGAGCCAGUACUGUUUCGACGGGCUGACGCCGGACGCUCUGUACAACACCACCGUCUUCACCCAGACGCCCAGCCUGGAGGGCCCUGGAGUCAGCGUCAAGGAGAGAACUCUGGUUAAGCCUACAGAGGCACCAACUGAGCCUCCGACUGUCCCACCACCACCCACCAUCCCUGGAGCCCUGGAGGUCUGCAAAGGUGCCAAAGCUGACCUGGUCUUCCUCAUCGACGGCUCUUGGAGUAUUGGCGACGAGAGUUUCGUUAAAGUCAUCCAGUUUGUCUUCAGCAUGAUCGGCUCCUUUGAUGUCAUCAACAAUAACGGCAUGCAGGUGUCCUUCGUGCAGUACAGUGACGAGGCCAAGACCGAAUUCAAGCUGAACACGUACCAGGACAAAGGGAAGGCCUUGGCUGCUCUUCAGCUGGUUCGCUACAGAGGAGGCAAUACCAAAACAGGUGCUGCUCUGAAGUACGUUGGCGAGAAGGUCUUCACCUCCGACAGCGGCAUGAGGAGGAACGUGCCCAAGGUCCUGGUGGUGGUGACGGACGGACGUGCUCAAGAUGACGUGAAAAAGAGCGCCAUGAAACUCCAGACCUCUGGUUACAGCGUGUUUGUCAUCGGAGUUGCAGAUGUGGAUGUUGUAGAAUUGAGAAACAUUGGAAGCAAGCCAAGUGACAGACAUGUCUUUGUGGUUGAUGACUUUGAUGCUUUCACAAAGAUCCAGGACAAUCUCAUCACCUUUAUCUGCGAAACUGCAACAUCAACUUGCCCGUUGAUUUACCUGGAUGGCUUCACAACACCUGGUUUCAGAAUGCUGGAGGCCUUCAACGUAACUGAUAAGACAUUCGCUGCCACGAACGGGAUUUCCAUGGAGCCCGGCACGUUCAACAGCUUCAUCACCUACAGACUUCACAAGGAUGCAUUCAUCUCCGGGCCUACAAAGGAGAUUCACCCAGACGGACUGCCACCAUCGUUCACCAUCAUCAUGCUCCUCCGUCUCCUGCCCGACACCCCGACUCAAGCGUUUGACGUAUGGCAGCUGGCAGAUGGAAACAACAACCCUGAAGUCGGACUCACCCUGAACCCAUCCAGCAAGGUGCUCUCGUUUUACAACAAGGACACCAGAGGUCAGCUCCAGACAGUUUCAUUUGAUAGUGACCCCGUGAAGAAGAUCUUCCAUGGGAGCUUCCACAAGCUCCAUGUCACAGUCACCCCGAAGAGUGUUAAGCUGAACGUGGACUGUCAGGAGGUUGCCGAAAAAGAAAUCAAGGAGGCAAAGAAUGUCUCCACAGAUGGCUACGAGGUGCUCGGCAGGAUGAAGUCUGGUGGUGGCGGCAAGAGGGAGUCUGCAACAUUCCAGCUCCAGAUGUUUGAUAUUGUCUGCAGCUUGGGUUGGACCACCAGAGACAGAUGUUGUGACCUGCCAGCUAUGAGAGAUGAGGCUAAAUGUCCGGCUCUGCCCCACUCCUGCACUUGUGCACAGGAUAGCAUUGGUCCUCAGGGGCCCUCCGGCCCUCAGGGAGCCCCCGGUACCAAAGGCCCGCGAGGAGACCGAGGCGAGUCUGGCCCUCCGGGUCCUGUCGGUCCACGAGGAGAGCAAGGACUGCUCGGUCCAAUGGGGCCUCCUGGCCCACAAGGACCCACCGGACUGUCCCUGCCAGGAGAGCCCGGUCGUCCCGGACCAAAAGGAGAUGCUGGUGAUGCUGGAAUCAUGGGACGUCAGGGUAUUCCUGGGCCUACUGGUCCGACUGGUCCUCCUGGGCCUGGUGGAGCAAGGGGACAAGCCGGCCCCGAGGGCCCAUCCGGACCCAGAGGCUCUCCUGGACCAAUGGGAAGCCCGGGAUCACCCGGAAUGCCGGGGGCGCAAGGAAAUACAGGAAAACUAGGAGAACCAGGACUUCCUGGCCCGCUGGGUGGGAAAGGAGAGAAGGGAGAGAAAGGAGACACCGCAUCCCAAAACAUGAUGCGCAACGUCGCCAGACAAGUGUGUGAGCAACUGGUCAACCGACAAAUGAGCAGAAUCGACAUGAUGCUGAACCAGAUCCCGAGCGGUUACCGUAGCAGCGUGGCCGGUCCUCCCGGACCUCCCGGACCGACCGGCAACCAGGGUGCACGCGGAGAGCCGGGCCAGGGUGGGCGCAGCGGUUUCCCUGGAAACCCCGGUUUACCAGGACCACAGGGCGAGAGAGGAAUGCCCGGAGAGAAGGGUGAGAGAGGAAGUUCAGGAGUCGGACAGCGAGGACAGAGAGGACCAGCUGGUUCACCUGGACCACAAGGCCUAUCGCAGACCGGCCCCCCUGGUCCUCCUGGCUCAUCUGGGGAACGUGGUCAGUCUGGUCGGCAAGGAUCCCCAGGAGUUAGAGGACCCCCGGGACCCCCAGGGUACUGUGAUUCUUCCCAGUGUGUCGGUAUUCCUUACAACGGACAAGGGUACCAGGACGGCUACCAGCCUGCGCCCAACAACCGUGUAGCCUCCGUACCAGAGGGGGCGACGGACGAUACAGAAAUACAGUCUCCCGGUUAUUUACAAAACCAGCGCGGAAAGAGAUCUCUAUCAAGAGAGGAAACCGAGAGGAUAUAGAAUCGUAAUCAGCCAAGAAGACUGUUUUCUCUGAAUCUUGGAAGUUGUUUAAAAUUCUGGUUGUUUUCAAAAGAUCAUGUGGAUAGAUGUAUAGUAAAGAGUCACAGCACUAUAAAACAUGAGAUUCAGUAACAAAAGCUUGUCAUUCUCCUCACAUUUCUUACUUUUAUCAUAACUUCAUCCAAAAGCCCUAUGUGUGUGUGCCAAAUGUCCUGUCAAGUGUUGCUGCCUCUAACAUGUCUUCAUCUGUGAUCAUUUAAGGCCAUAGUUAAAUGCACUAAGGAUGUUAACAUCAAACUUCACCUGUUUGUGUGAAACUAACCACUAGUCUCCACGUGUCCAUUUGAUAAAUCGUAUUUUGAAAUGCGGAAGUGUUCUCAUCCAUUGUUUUUGUUGUCCAUUUUAAGUAAAGAGGGUUGUCGGUUCAUGUUCACCUGCAGUUCAUUGUCUACAAAACGUGGCUUUAUUUCAUUCUUUCUGUCAAAAUAUUAUUUACCCGUUUUAUUAUACCAACUCACAGCAGACUCUUACCAAUGGGGGAAUUGCAUGUCUGUGUUGUAUAUUUAGUAAGGAUUCUUUUUUUUUUUAAACCAGAAUAUAGUUUUUUUUAUAUAUCAAUACCAAUGCAGUUGAAAGUUGUGUGCAGGACUAUAGACAUAGGAUUGCUUCAGUUGUUUUAACUGCAUAUUGUGAAUUCCACAGCCUUAUUUUUCUUAUUUAUUUCUGGACCACAGGAGGCAUUUUUCAAUAAAACUACUGAAAAUUG